AGAACAACACCUUUCUCCCAAACUGAAGGGGUUCACAUAUCAGUGGCUAUUAUCCACUACUUUCUCUGCGCUUCAUCACUUUGAGACAGAAAGAGAGAGAGGGAAAUGGGAAUUGCUGUUGUUUCAGUCCCAGCUCCUCAUCACUUCCCAUCUUCUAAAAUCUCUAACACUACCACCCAGUCUCGUUUCCAUGGCCCAAAAACUCUCAAAAUACACCCAUCUUUGCCUCUCAAUCUCAACCCACUUCGUUCUUCUACUUGUUGCUCAGCUUCUGUUGUGGAAGAAGGCCCUCCGCCUCCUCCCCCUGAUGAUUCACUUUCUGCUCAAUCACAAUCCCCCAUAUAUGACUCUGACAAGCUUCCCCUCAGAGGUUGUAAGGCCUGUGGGAGAGAGGAAGUGGAAAAGGGAUGCAAUGGUGAGGGAAGAAUUCAAGGUGGAAUUGCAACAGUCCCAGGCUUUGGUUGGUGGCCUAUAAAAGCUUACAGACCAUGUCCUGGAUUUCUGGCAUCUGGCGGUAGAUACAGACGACGUGGACAAAACAUGGAUGAGGUUGCCUUUGGAAGAGGUGAAAGAGGAGCUGCAGCCUCUGUGGAAACUAGCAGUGAGGUUGAGUCCAGCAAGAAAACAUAAAGAGGCCAGAAGAUUCAAAAGGCAAGUGCUUGGACUAGCUUACAUAUGAUGGUUAACAGAGAACUUCUAGAAAAGGGUUGCUUGGCAAAGCUAUUGGUCCAGAAUCUAAUUUGGUAUAAUUUACCAAGAAAAAGAAGAAAUGAAAAAUUAAAGAAAAGAAAAAGAUGAAGUAGUUUCUACUACCUUUCUUUUUUGGCUUGGAUCAAAGAUGGAAAUAUUGAGCUCUCUUUUUUACGUUCUUAAACCGUAGCAAUUCCUUUACCUCAUUAUAUUUUACUUCAUUUGGCUUCUUCCUGCCAAUCAUCUAUUAAUAUCAUACAACAAUUAUUGCAAUUCAAAUUUA